AUGGCUGAGCCGACAUACACCGUAUUCGUCCGGGUGCCCAUGCCCCGGGGUGACUUUGUCGAUCCUCCCCCAGUGAACUGGGACUCCAACAAGGACGAGGCUCUGUGGAAGAUCCUAUCUGGAGCCGCGAAAACGGAAAUUGACUGGAGUGAGGUUGCCGAUCGCUUCGAUGUUCCCGUCGACUUCCUUCUACAGCAGGUCGCAUAUCUCACCGAACGACAUGCCUCACAGGUCCGCGCCCAGGUCCGAAAGGCCACUGCCGCCGUCCGCGGCUCGGCCGCCCCAUCACCAGUACCAGACUCCUCAGGACCUGGUCAUCAACGAGCGCCGUCCUCUCUAUCGAUUCGACGAGAUUCACCCAUGCCGCGCAACGAGGUGGGAAGCGGCACCGGGACCCCGCUGAAUGCAUCGAUACGACCAGUCAUCUCACGGAAUCCUUCGACGAAUACCACAGUUCUGCGGGACAUGACGGGAGGUUCGGCGUCGCCCCGACCGGGAAUGGGCAUAACAUCAACACGGGCCGGCGAACAACGAAGACGUCUGACAUCACUGCCCAUCUCAAACGUACCUAAGUCACCGGAGAGAGUAGCGCAGCCAGAUCCAUCACCAGACGAACAAAGCGCGUCGCCCGGGCCAGCAGAUGAUAGUUCGACCAUGUCAUCUGAGGAUGAAUCCAGCCCUGCACAGUCUCGAAUUAUUCGACGGCCUCCUCGAUUCCAACAGAACGAUGGAGGAACGUAUGAAGAUGAUGAUGACGACGAGUCAGAGCCUGCCUUUCAACCCUACACAGCCCCGUCAAAUCAGACCUCUGCCCAGGACCUUGGUUCAACACUGCGGGAGGACGGGCGGGGCUCAGGCAAACGGUUCCAUAAGAAACAUGGAAAGGAGGCCAUCCACCAGUCCCAGACAUCUGACUCUUCGGCUAGCUCUGCUGCAAUGAUCCAUCGGCCAGGCAAGUCGCGCGAACAGCGGACACCCGGACCCCUUUCACCACGUCGAGCGGCGGAGCUGGCUGGCCGCAGUCCAGGCAGCAAGAGCAGGGGAUACUCCCGUGAAGGCAGCGACGGAACGCCCAGCAUGGGUAGCAGUUUCAGUGAUCUUGACGAUGCCUCUGUAACGCAGUCUGCCUUGGAGGAGGCAUUGGCUAGCCAUAUGAAUCGGGGCGCGGGAAGCCGCUUCAGUAUUAGCCAGGCUUUCCGCAGCCGAUACACCCCCAGCUCCAACCAGUGA